AUGUCUUCAGAUGGCGUCUAUAAUGUCGCCUGGUAUACCACGGCAAUCAGCUCAAUCCUGCUGCGAGCUUCCGCUUUCAUCUUCCUUCGCUGGCACUUUCCUCCCAUCAUCUACUCCCUCUUCGCGAUCUACUUGCCGAGCUUCUGGUAUACCCUGGUCAAUACCGCUCCUUUCAAAGUCGUAGCAGACAUCCUCCACGUUGAGACUCGAGACGCUGUCCCUGGAGAUGUGCUUGAUGUGGAUACAAGAUACGCCAAUGGCAACGCAGGUCCUGGCAAAGAGCUGGUGGUUGAAGAGGAGAUAGAUCUGGUUGAAAGAGAUCCGAGGAUAAUUAGGACAUUGACAAUAGGCCUGCCGAGCCCUACAAACAACCUAUGGAGUAUCGUGGCUAUCCUCCUGAAUGCUACCCUAGUCUUGAUGUCAUUUGACCUGGUCAACAGAGGAACAUACUUGUAUCCUUCUCAUGACUUGUCCAUGGCCAGAGUCGGGUACGUCUCGGAUCGGACUGCCAAUAUCGUGUUCAGAGAACCAGAAGUGGCUCGCUUGCCUGUCUACGCUUCUUAUCGCUUCGCCGACGCACCGUUGUCCAGAGGCGUUGCGCAAGACACGGCGUGGAAAGCAGCUGGUGAAGUCGAAUGGGUCGAUGAGCGAACAGACUUCACAGGCACGUUCGAGAUCACAGGACUCAAGCCAGAUACGAGAUACCAAUGGACGGUUAACAACCAGACUGGCUUUUUCACGACAGCGCCACGAACAGGACAGCUGUCUACCAGAGCCGAGAAUCACAACACAUUCACCUUUGUACACUCAUCAUGCAUCAAACUCAAUUUCCCGUACAAUCCACUGAGACAUCCUCUUUCAGCACCGGGGCUACGCCACUUGUCGGAAGCGCUGAAAGGUCUGAAAGCACAUUUCAUGCUCUUCCUUGGAGAUUUCAUCUAUAUCGAUGUACCGGGCGGGCAGGGCAGAUCACUGGAAGACUACCGACGGAAUUACCGCCAGGUAUAUGCGUCUCCAGACUGGCCAGAUGCAACCAAAGAACUGCCUUGGAUUCACGUAUACGACGACCACGAGAUCCAAAAUGACUGGUCCGGAAACACCACUUCAGUCUUCCCAGCCGCCAACGACCCUUACGAGCAUUACCACAUAUCUGCCAACCCUCCGGCGGUACGUAAAGGCGAAACAUACUUCACCUUCACACAAGGUCCAGCCACGUUCUUUAUGCUCGAUACUCGCCGCUACCGCUCUCCAAACGACAACACCAACGGCUCAGAUCCCAUCACAGGCCAUCCUACCAAAACCAUGCUUGGAGCCCAACAACUCUCAGACGUCCUGUCCUGGCUCCAGCGUCCCGAACCCCAAGGCGUAAAGUGGAAAAUUUUGGUCAGCUCUGUCCCCUUCACUAAAAACUGGUGGUUCGGAGCACAAGACACGUGGCGAGGAUAUCUCGGCGAACGCCAGAUCAUCCUCGAAGCAAUGUGGGACGUCGGGUCAUCAAAAGCCGGAAUCGGUGUCGUUGUUCUAUCUGGAGACAGACACGAAUUCGCCGCCACAGCCUUCCCACCACCACCCGACGGCAAAGAAGAAGAAAUUCUCGGUCUCGGUCCCAUCGGCGUAGGCGCCAAACCUCUCGCCGGGUUCGCGGACAAUCCUACCCUUCACACAACACGCCGCAAACGCUGGCCCUCAUCCGCCACAGUCCACGAAUUCAGCGUUUCUCCACUUAGUAUGUUCUACCUCCCCGUCAGAACA